ACCCAAUUCAUUCGUCGCGAUCUCCCUCAGCAUGAACGACCUCAAGCCAGCUACAAGUUAUAGGAGCACCUCGCUCCACGACGCCGUCAAGCUGCGCCUGGAUGAGCCAUCAUCCUUUUCACAGACAGUCCCGCCACAGACGAUUCCAGAAUUCUUCAAGGAAUCGUGCGAGAAGUAUUCGGAUCUGCCCGCCUUGGUGUGGGAAACCCCAGGAUCUGGGAACGAUGGUUGGACCACUCUUACGUUUGGCGAGUACCAGGAGCGCGUGGAGCAAGCGGCGCUGAUGCUGCUGAGCGUGGGAGUCGAGGAACGCAGUUCGGUGGGCAUUCUGGCCUUCAAUUGUCCCGAGUGGUUCUUCGCGGAAUUUGGUGCUUUGAGAGCUGGAGCUGUUGUAGCCGGAGUUUAUCCGAGCAAUUCGGCUGAGGCCGUUCAUCACGUCCUAGCCACAGGAGAGUCAUCCGUUUGCGUAGUGGACGACGCCCAGCAGAUGGCCAAGCUGAGGGCCAUCAAGGAACGCCUGCCACGUCUUAAGGCUGUAAUCCAGUUGCACGGACCAUUUGAAGCCUUUGUCGAUCACGAGCCCGGUUACUUUAGCUGGCAGAAACUCCAGGAGCAGACCUUCUCCAGCGAGCUGAAAGAGGAACUGCUGGCCCGUGAGAGCCGGAUUCGUGCCAACGAGUGUGCCAUGCUGAUCUUCACCUCGGGCACAGUGGGUAUGCCAAAGGCAGUGAUGCUAUCCCACGACAACCUCGUGUUCGACACAAAGUCCGCAGCCGCACACAUGCAAGAUAUCCAAGUUGGCAAGGAGAGUUUUGUGAGCUACCUUCCGCUGAGCCAUGUGGCUGCCCAGAUUUUCGAUGUGUUCCUGGGUCUUUCCCAUGCCGGAUGCGUCACAUUUGCCGACAAGGACGCACUGAAGGGAACGCUGAUCAAGACCUUUCGCAAGGCGAGGCCAACGAAAAUGUUCGGCGUUCCGCGCGUCUUCGAGAAACUUCAAGAGCGUCUGGUGGCCGCGGAGGCCAAGGCGAGACCUUACUCCAGAUUACUUCUAGCAAGAGCUAGAGCUGCUGUCGCUGAACACCAAACAACGCUGAUGGCGGGGAAGUCCCCAUCGAUUUAUGGCAACGCUAAAUAUUGGCUUGCGUGUCGAGUAGUAAAGCCAAUACGUGAAAUGAUAGGUGUGGACAACUGCCGUGUUUUCUUCACCGGCGGAGCACCAACGUCGGAAGAGCUGAAGCAAUUCUUCCUGGGACUGGACAUCGCCUUGGGCGAGUGCUAUGGAAUGUCGGAGACUAGUGGUGCUAUCACCUUGAAUGUCGAUAUAAGCAAUCUGUAUAGCGCUGGUCAAGCGUGCGAGGGAGUCACUUUGAAGAUCCACGAACCCGAUUGCAAUGGUCAGGGAGAGAUUCUGAUGCGGGGUCGCUUGGUUUUCAUGGGCUACUUGGGACUGCCGGAUAAGACUGAGGAAACGGUCAAAGAGGAUGGCUGGCUGCAUUCCGGUGACUUGGGCUACAUCGAUCCCAAGGGUAAUCUAAUUAUAUCCGGUCGACUCAAGGAGCUGAUCAUCACCGCUGGCGGGGAGAAUAUUCCACCUGUGCACAUCGAGGAGCUGAUCAAAAAGGAGCUUCCCUGCGUGAGCAAUGUGCUACUUAUCGGCGAUCAUCGAAAGUAUCUCACCGUCCUGCUGUCCUUGAAGACGAAAUGCGAUGCAAAGACUGGAAUUCCACUGGAUGCUCUGCGUGAGGAGACAAUCGAAUGGCUGCGGGACCUGGAUAUCCAUGAGACCCGUCUCUCCGAACUCCUAAACAUUCCAGCCGAUCUCCAGCUGCCCAAUGAUACUGCCGCUCUGGCAGCUACCUUGGAGAUCACCGCCAAACCUAAGCUCCUGGAAGCCAUCGAAGAGGGCAUCAAGCGAGCGAAUAAGUAUGCCAUUUCAAAUGCUCAAAAGGUGCAAAAGUUUGCCCUCAUUGCUCAUGAGUUUUCCGUGGCCACCGGAGAGCUGGGUCCCACGCUGAAAAUCAGGCGGAAUAUUGUCCACGCCAAAUAUGCCAAAGUCAUCGAGCGUCUGUACAAGUAAAUGUUAUCUCUCAAAUGGAUUUCUUAACCUAGGUUUAAAUUUUAUUUUACUCGAUCGCUUACAUUGUAUUGAUUAAUUACGAAAUUCUCUUAUUAUUUACUGCAUUACGAACUGAAUAUAUUUGUUAUU